CUCGGUCCGGUCGCUCGGGGCCCCCUGGUUCCUUUUCCAUCGGCGCUGGGCUGAACCCAGAGCCCAGAAAAGAGUCGGUUCCGAGUUCCCUGUGGGUGUGCGGCCGCCGCGGAGGGGAACAUGGCGCUCGUGGGCAGCCGAGUGGAAUUGGACGCGGACGAGGAUAUCUUUGAAGAUGCAUUGGAGACCAUCUCUAGAUCUCCGUCGGACAUGGCCACCAGUGGCUUUCACUUUGUACCGUGUGAGACCAAACGGACCUCCAGACAGCUUGGAGCAUCUGCUAUGGGAAGACCUGAAGGUUCGUCAGCCAAGGUGGAUCUCAAGAGCGGCCUGGAGGAAUGUGCAGAGGCACUGAACUUAUUUCUGAGUAACAAAUUUAAAGAUGCCUUAGAGUUGCUCCGUCCAUGGGCCAAGGAGAGCAUGUACCACGCCUUGGGCUACAGCACCAUUGUGGUGUUGCAAGCUGUCAUGACCUUUGAGCAACAGGACAUCCAGAAUGGCAUCUCUGCCAUGAAGGACGCUUUACAAACCUGCCAAAAAUACAGGAAGAAAUGCACAGUUGUUGAGUCUUUCUCAAGUCUCCUCUCCCGAGGGUCACUGGAACAACUGAGUGAAGAGGAGAUGCAUGCUGAAAUCUGUUAUGCCGAGUGUCUCCUACAGAAAGCAGCACUCACAUUUGUGCAGGAUGAAAAUAUGAUCAACUUCAUCAAAGGUGGACUCAAAAUUAGAACAAGUUACCAAAUAUAUAAAGAGUGCCUUUCCAUCCUGCACGUGAUUCAGAAGAACAAACAUGAACAGCACUUCUUCUAUGAGUUUGAAGGAGGAGUCAAGCUUGGAACGGGGGCCUUUAAUUUGAUGCUGUCUCUUUUACCAGCAAGAAUCAUCCGAUUACUAGAAUUUAUUGGAUUUUCUGGCAACAGGGACCUAGGCCUUCUGCAGCUCCGAGAAGGCGCAUCAGGAAGCAGCAUGCGGUCCCCGCUCUGUUGCCUUACCAUCCUGGCCUUCCAUACCUACAUCUCCCUCAUUCUCGGUACAGGAGAAGUGAAUGUUGUAGAAGCAGAGAGUCUCCUCGCACCGUUCCUUCAACAGUUCCCAAAUGGCUCCCUCAUACUAUUCUAUCAUGCCCGAAUUGAGCUGCUCAAAGGGAACGCUGAAAAGGCUCAAGAAACAUUUCGAAAAUGCAUUUCAGUUCAAGAAGAGUGGAAACAGUUUCACCAUCUCUGUUACUGGGAAUUAAUGUGGAUUCAUAUCUACCAACAAAAUUGGAUGCAGGCGUAUUACUAUUCAGACCUACUUUGCAAAGAGAGUAAAUGGUCCAAGGCAACAUAUGUGUUCUUGAAAGCUGCCAUUUUGAGCAUGCUCCCAGAGGAAGAAGUGGCAACGACUAAGGAGAAUGUAGUGUCUCUGUUCAGACAGGUCGAUGGCCUGAAGCAGAGAAUCGCGGGGAAAUCUCUCCCGACAGAGAAGUUUGCUGUGAGGAAGGCGCGGAGGUACUCACCCCCGUCAGGUGUCCCCGGGAAGCUCGUGCUGCCAGCCUUGGAAAUGAUGUAUGUCUGGAAUGGCUUCUCAAUUGUGGGCAAGAGGAAGGACCUCUCUGAAAAUCUCUUGGUGACCGUGGAGAAGGCUGAGGAGGCAUUGCAAAAUCAAGACUUUACUGACUACUCUGUGGAUGAUGAGUGCUUGGUGAAAUUACUGAAAGGGUGCUGCCUCAAGAACUUGGAACGGCCCUUGCAAGCUGAGCUGUGUUUCAACCACGUUGUGGAAAGUGAAAAACUAUUAAAGUACGACCACUAUUUGGUGCCAUUUACGCUGUUUGAGUUGGCAUUUUUGUAUAAAAGCCAAGGGGAAAUUGACAAGGCCAUAAAGGUCCUAGAAACUGCAAGAAAUAACUAUAAGGAUUACUCCCUGGAGUCCAGACUGCACUUCAGAAUUCAAGCAGCUCUUCAUCUCUGGAAGAAACCUUCCACAGACUGAUCAGGAGCACACAGGACGGACUCUUCCCCCCGUUAACACUGACUCUUGGCGCUGGAGAUCAGCCUGUGUCAAGGUGGAACCAUGAUCCUUCAAAUGAGAAACAGAAAGCCUGCUCUCAGGCACUUCCUGUCACCAGAGCGGUGUACUGUUUGGUCUACAUAUUUUCCCCCUAUGGAAUGACAUUUAAUACUAAAUAGAAAUUCUUAUACUCUGCCUUCACAGUAGAUUUCAAUGGGGGGGGGGGAGUCUUUUAAAAGACUUUAGGUACAAUAAAGCCUAGUUAGAUUAUUUAUUUUUUUAAUGUAAAAAUUAAUAUUGUUCAAAUAGCAAAUGGCUUUAUCAGCGGAGCCAUUUUUAGAUUGGCUUGUCCUUUAAACUUCAGAGAUAUUUUACUGCUGUUUAAAUCUCAGAGAGUAAAUAAAUAUCACAUCUAUAAUAAUAUGACAGUGGGUUGGUUUCUGUAGAUUCUGGAAGAGGGAAGUGAGGGGCCUGAGGUGGAUGAAGUAUUCCUAGGCAGAAGGGAUUUGUAUCUCAGCAAGAUAUCACAGUUGUAAGGUUCGGGAUUUCCAGUCCUCUCAUUGGUUGAAGGUGGUGGCAUUUUUCAGAAACUAGCCUGUAUUUGAAUGUACUCAUAUCAGAUCCAAUAAUAGCAUUCAAUCACAUAGACACAUUCCCUAUGUAUCUAAGGGAAUAAAAAACUGUAUUUUAGAACUCCCUAACCUUAGUGCUGAAGCCUGAAAUACAGACCUCCAUUGUGUUUCUUAUAGGAAGGAAAAACUCCUGUUGCUUUAAAUGAUAGGUAAAAUGCCAGUGAUUGUUUACAGUCAUGAUGCUGCUGACCCAGUGCUUAUGGUUCCUUUUAAAUAUUCGGGCUGCAUUUUGGUUCUCUUGAGUAGGAACCCGGAUCAGAGUGUGAGCAGAUGCCCUUCUGGAGUCCCCACACCUGUCAGUCAUUAUUUGUGAAUUAGAAAGAACACCUCAUUUUGUGACACAGAAAACAGGUGGCUUUAAAGUUCCCUUUGGAUUGUAUAACUGUGAGUCUGUGUUAGACAUGUGCAAUAAUGUUUAGCAUUAAUCCAAACUCUUCCCAUUAGAAUGUAGUUUUCAACCUCUCGCUCUCCUCCCAAUCAACAGCCUAUCAAUAGGGGGUGUUACUGCUGAGGGCCAGAUUCCACCCACUGACAAAAAACAGUUAAAGAGUCCAUGAAUCUGGGCUUUUGUCUCAUUUCUAUUAUUUCCAAGACCAGUAACUUGUCUAGAGGGUAGAUGGCUCCACCUUCCCUAGUCAGAGUCCCUCUCUGUUGGUUAAUAGUUAACAACAUAAAGCAAGUAACAUACCUUCUCCAGGACUUGGGUUUUCCAGUGACUGCCUGAGGCCUUCAGAGCUGGUGCAUUUGGUAGCUUUCUGUCCACUGGGGAAGCUGCACACGUAAGAGUGAGUUUGAUAACUAUGGCCUUGCGCAUGGAUUACGAUACCUCUAGUAUCUGCUGAGUCUUUGGUCUCUUGUCUACAGUGAGAUGAAUGUGAGCAUUCAGAACUCUCAGUUUAUUUAUCUAUGCAUUUAGCACUGACAGUGGCCCAGAUCGUGGAGUUGCUCCUGCUGUCCCCUACUGCACUCCCCCAUGCUCAGCAGGCACUGCUGGCCUGUUAUGUGAGGUGCCAUUUCUUGAUCAACAUUGAGGAAGUAUUUUUUGAGGAAGGUGAUUAAUACACUUUGAGUCAGAGGACCAUCCCUUCAGAUAACACGGAGGCAGAAAUCAUUAUAUGUCACUAAUAUGAAUUACACAAUUAGCUACAGAUAGAAGGGGAAAUAAGUUGUCAUGAGCUAUAGAAAUAUAUUUAAUAAUUAUAUAUAUGAAGAAAAGUUUAUAAAUUCUUUAGAAGAGCUUUGAUAAGGUAAUUAAAAAAAACCAUAAUCUAUUCAUACUAUUAAUGUGAUGGGGUGUGGUGGCACGCACUGUUAAUUCUAGCAUUUGGGAGGCAGGAGCAGGCAGAUCUCUGAAUUCGAGGCCACCUUGGUCUAUUUAUUCAAAACUCAAACUAACCAAACAAAAAGAAUACCCAUAUUUUGUGAGAAACUAUCAAAGCUCAUGGUCUGUAAAUUCCCAUUCUGAUAUAAAAAAAAAAAAAAUUAAGCCAAAAAUGACUGUUUUAGGGACUGGAGGGUGUCCCAGCAGUUAAGGGCACUUUCUGCUUUUCCAGAGGACCAGCGUUUUUUCCCAGCACCCAUGGGAGGCAGUCC